GCUCAAACGCGGGAAUCCUUGAGACUUCGAGAAGUGUCGACGCCCGCACCAGUAUCGAGAAGAAUGAUUCACAUGCACCAGUACGAGCAGCGGGCUGCUAUGAUUCUCGCAGAUCCCAAGGAUGUCUUCACAUUCCUUUGAUCCCUCCGUCUUUCUCCUCUAACGAGCUCCUCCGAAUCUCCGGUACACACCCGUCGAUAUGGAGAGCUCUACCUCAGAACAAGCAAGCAAUAGGGUGGCAGCAAUGCUCUCAGAGUCCAAGCUGGUGGCAUUCGACCACACUGCUGCUGGACAUGAUGGUAUCAGCUCCAAUGCCUCGGGCUCCCUCAUCAUCAAGCCCUGCACACAAGCCGAGAUCGACUUCUACGAGUCCGCCAGAGACCACCCCUUGUUCCAAGCCCACAUGCCUGCCUACCUCGGAUCGCUCACACGACAUGACGACCAAGAAGCCGUUGCACCGCUGCUAGAGUCUUCUCAAGACGGCGUGGCUGCACCCUCCCUUGCCGACGCGGUCGCAGCACAGGGGGCCGCCACCCAGGGCACCCCGGGACUUAAUAGGCGCGUGUCGUGGAAACCAUCUGGAGGCAAGAAAAUCUCCACAGGCCUGGCGAUUGUGUUGGAAAAUGUCGCGUCCGGCUUCAAGCACCCGAACGUGUUGGACGUGAAGCUCGGCGCCAGACUGUGGGACGACGACGCGCCGUUGGCCAAGAGAAGGAAACUAGACGAGGUGGCGGCGAAGACGACCAGCGGGCUGCUAGGUAUUCGUGUUGCUGGGAUGAAGCUGUGGGCUGGCGCUGGCACAGAGCCAAGCGCCGAGGUCGAGGUGACACCGGCCGAGAGACAGUACGUAGAGGUCAAGAACGGGUAUAAAUCCUACAACAAGUUCUACGGGCAGUCCUUGUCGGUAGAUAACGUCGCCGACGCCUUCAAGACGUAUCUCGGCGGCGUUCGCGAAGAUGACUCUGCCGAUGACACGACGACCAGGACGAGAGUCAGAUUCAAGCAUCCACGUGCCGAGUUUCUGAUCCGGCGGUUCCUCAGGGAAUUGAAGAGUGUGCGCUUUCUCCUGGAAGACGAGGAAAGCAGAAUGUACAGCGCGAGUGUGUUGAUGGUGUAUGAAGGAGACCCGGAGACGCUGGAGGCCAGCAUCGCGAAAGAAGAGGAGAGUGUUCGGGAGGCAGAGCAUGGUACGGUGGACCCAUCUGGUGAUGAGGACGGCGACUGGGACGAGGAGGAUGAGGACGAGGAGGAGGACGAGGAGGAUGUGCAGCCGUACAAAAUCCACGAACUGCGGCUCAUUGAUUUUGCCCACGCGAGGUGGACGCCGGACGAAGGCCCCGACGAGAACGCCCUCAUAGGCAUCCAGAGUCUGCAGGGUAUUCUGGAAAGGUUGGUCGAGUACGAGUAAGACGACAGCGCGGGCAUUUCUCCUAUACCGUUGCUCUGUCUCCCUUGUCAAAAAAGCGAUUAGCGGGCUGAUAAAUUAAAGUCUGCACGCGCACUGUACAAUAAAAAAGACAAAAGAUUUCAG